UAUCUUGCUAUAUAGGAGAUGUCAAUUUUCUUAUUCACGAGUUGAUAUGGUAGAGAGCGUAAUAUUAUUUUGUGGAUUCGAAUAAUCCGUUUGUGGAUCAAAUUAUCAUGUAAGGCAGGACAGGAAGACACAGAUAUGUCCAAAGUCGAGAGUUCAGAUAUUUUUCAGCUCCAGACAAUCUGCCCUGUUCUGAGGUCUGUCUGAACGAAAAUCGCAAGUAGUAACUGAAAUGGGCGUGGCCGCAGCCUCCCCUCCAACCUUGACACCUGUGUUUUCCGCCCCCAGAGGCGGCAGCAGCAGGCCGUUUCCUCGCCGCCGCCUUCACUUUCUCACACGCUCUGCUUCGCACAUGACAACUUCAGUUUUUGUUCAGAAGGAAUGGAAUCGGAGAUCGUUUACAAAGAGCUCCAUGUACAGAAUAUCUUCUAGCUUACUGGAAGUCAAAGAUGGAACAGACGAUGAGGCUUGCGAGUUAGUCAAUGGAGUUGAGAUUUCAAUAGGGGAUGGUGCUACUGCUGAUAGUAUCAAUGCCCAUCUCUUCACGGCUGUGAAAAACAACAAUGGAACCGGCAUACUUCUCUUGUCUGAUGUAUUCGGAUUCGAAGAUUCAGCCACAAGAGACUUCGCUUAUCGUGUUGCCUGCAAUGGCUACAAUGUUUUAGUUCCUGACUUAUUCCGUGGGGAUCCAUGGAAUAAGGACCAAACAAAGACUACAUUUGAAGAAUGGAAGGCAAGGCAAGAUCCUCAUAGAGUUGCUAAAGACAUUGAGGCAUCAACAAAAUGGAUGGUUGAUGAAUUCAUCGCUGCAGGAAUCUCAAAGAAGCUUGGCAUCAUCGGUUUCUGCUAUGGAGGAGCCCGGCUGAUAGAAGUUCUGGCACGAGAUGGAGGAGUUUGUUUUGGUGUUGGGGUCUCGUUUUAUGGCGCAAGAAUGGAUCCAUCCCUAGCAUCUAGUAUACAGGUUCCAGUUCUGCUUGUUUCCGGGGAUGAUGACUCGUUUUGUCCAGUCGAUGUCUUGAAGGAUAUUGAGAAGAGAAUUGGCAGAGGUUCAAAGGCGGUCAUUUACAAUGGAAGAGGCCAUGGCUUUGCUCAUCGACCUGGAUCGCCUGAGGAAGAUCGAGAUGCUGAGGAGGCGUUUAUGAUAAUGAGAAACUGGUUGUAUGAUGGCUUGAUUGCAAACAUUUGAAUACUUUUCUGCGUUUUUUGGUGUAUGUAUGUUCUACAGGUUACUGCUGCUGCUAGUAGCUCACGCAAUAGAAGUUUUGAACCGAUCA